AUGCAGCAGAGCAUACUGGGCGUACUUGAAGAGCGAGGCUUUGUGAAAGAUGUUGCUGGCGGACGCCAGACCCUCGAUUGGUUAUUGACCGAGAAGAGGAUUGGCGCAUAUGUUGGCGUAGACCCCACGGCUCCCUCCCUGCACGUUGGACACCUCCUCCCGCUGAUGGCGCUGUAUUGGAUGUACUUCCACGGAUACUACACAGUCAGCUUGGCUAAUGCUGGUCAGCUAGGCGGAGGUACAGUGCAGAUUGGAGAUCCCUCUGGAAGAUCGACAGCGCGUUCACGAAUGGGAACAGAUGUACAAGCCAUGAACAUUGAGAGCAUACAGUCGCAGCUAGAAAAUCUCUGGACCAAUGUCAAGUGUCUGGGUAUCAAACAUCAAUACUCACAAUCUACCAACAGACGGCAAAAGAUUCUUAACAACCGAGAAUGGCUGCGGAAACUAAGCGCAAUUGACCUGCUGAGAGAUUUGGGAUCGGGCAUGCGACUAGGCACAAUGUUAAAUCGCGACUCAGUCAAGAUGCGAAUGGAAAGCGGCGAAGGCAUGGCAAUAUCCGAGUUCAGCUACCCUCUCUUUCAGGCCUACGAUUGGUGGAGUAUGUACAAACACCAAGGUGUCCAGCUGCAAAUUGGCGGAUCAGAUCAAUACGGGAAUAUCUGUGCUGGCAUGGACGCUGUGAGCCAUAUGCGGAAGAUCCACCAUCUGGACAGUGAAGAAGCAGGCACAGGGGACCCACGGGCCGCUGUCUACGGCCUUACGACUCCCUUGCUUACUACUGCUUCUGGAGAAAAGUUCGGCAAAAGCGCUGGGAAUGCCGUGUGGCUGGACCGACAUAUGUUGAACUCAUUUGAUCUAUAUCAGUACUUCUUGCGAACAGCUGACGACGACGUCGAACGAUAUUUGAAACUCUUCACCUUCCUUCCUCUCCAAGACAUCAAGCUGCUCAUGGCAGAGCAGAGACAACACGAAUCCAAGCGCGCAGCCCAGCACGUUCUUGCUAAAGAGAUUGUCGAACUUGCCCAUGGAGCAGCAGAGGCGAAGAAAGCCGAGACAGCACAUAAGGAAGCCUUCAGCAAUGGCACCAAUACAUUUGCGUUGGGGUCACUUAGGAAAGCCUUAGCGGUUAUCAACAACAAGGACCCUUCAAUAGUGGAGACUUUAGGGGAAGGACAGGAAGAAUUGUUGGCCUAUAAAAAGGCUUACGCCGCCUCGUCGACUGCGCAGACCACCUCCGGCACGACUGCUGAGCGUGCAAAAAACGACGACAACAAUGUUGUUACUCUUCCUAUCACGCUUCUGCAGGCAGGUUCAUUUCCACGCGUCUUGUAUGCCGCAGGUCUCGCUUCAUCCAAGAGCGAGGCUCACCGCCUAAUAGCAAAGAAAGGAGCGUACGUAGUAGCACCCAAUUCAGGAUCCAUUGAGAAUCCUACCGCCCUGAAAUGGAUGCCUAUCGAGUCUGCAAAUAUCGCAGAUCCAAACCAUUUCCUCAUCGACUGGGAGGCUCUGGUACUCCGGUCAGGCAAGUCGAAAAUCCAAGUCUGCCGCAUAUUAUUGGAGGGACAGUUUGAAGCCGAGGGACUGACUUGCCCGGGCUGGGAAGAGUUCAAGGCUAAGCGGGCUGAAGCUCUCGAGCAGGGUCAGCAGUAA